CGGGAAGAGGUCGCCGAGAUGCGGCCCGCGCGGCCUCGCGUUCCCGCGUGGUUGAUGCCUCCGCCGGGGACGCGGUUCGCGGGGAGCCGGGGAGGCGCCCGAAGGCCGGCCUGACAGGUGCCCCCGGGAGAACGUGGGAGCCCGUGCGUUUCAGCUGCGUUUGUGACUGAUCUCGGGCCGCGUCGGGGCUCCUCUAGGACCGCACUGAAAACAGGAAAGUGAGGAGCCGAGCCUGGGCCCGGGCCAGCCCGCAGCUGACAUCACGGACUCCAUGACCUGCGCCUGCAGACGACUUGCUCUGGAAGGUAGAGAGUGUUCUCAGAUGUAAAGUACGAUCCCGCUUGCUUUCCAUUCGUUAUUGUUGCCUACACUCGGCAACAGAAGUUCGGAAAGAUAAAGGGAUUAUUUCUGGGGCGUCACGUUGACAAACACCGUCGUUAACGCGCCCAGCCCAGCCUGCCUCAGUUGCUCGGGUCACAGAGGUCACCACCGACUUGCCGGGCCUUCCGGCCUUACUGAUCGAGCUUCGUUCUCUCGGCUGAGGCCGCGCCAUCCCCACAGCCUCAUCCUGCCACGUGCAGCUGUAAGCUGCCGCUGCACUCCUUGUCUGAAUCUGCCAAGAGGAAACUGCAUCUUUCGGCUAAAUUAUUUUCAUUCAUCAGGACCCUCAGUCAGAUUCUCAGGAUAGAGUUGAGCGUAAAAAAAAAAAAAAAUCUCUUCAGCUAUCUACACUGUGAAAGCUGUCACAAAAUGGAGUCAAGGAAAGCCAUGAAGGACCAGGGUCUGGAUUGCUGGGGAAGUGUGAGGCUGCUGGGCCCUGUGUGUGAAGCUGUCCAUUCACAUUUCUUAUCUUUGACCAAGGGGCAGUUUGAAAUUCAGUAUGCACCAUGGUUCCAGUGGACAAGUUUUCCACAGUUAUUUCCUGAAAUAUUUGAAGCCUUAAAAAGUCUACAAUCUCCUGCUAUUUGUCUUAGCUUAAUGAAACUGACAUCAUGUCUAGAACGAGCCUUGGGUGAUGUAUUUUUACUGAUUGGGAAGGAAUGCCCCUUUCUUUUAAGAGAUCUACUUGCAUCUGAAGAGCUUGCUCAAAUCUUUGGGCAGUCUGUGAUGAAUGUGCUAAAAGUCUUCGUUGGCUCUCCAUGUGGUCUCAACCUGCGUAACAUCUUAUGGCAUGGGUUUGCAUCACCUGAAGAAAUUCCUCCGAAAUACUGUUCAAUGAUGAUACUGUUGACAGUAGGAUUGGGUCAGUUACUGAAGAGUUACCUUCAAAACACUAAACUUAUAUUGACACAUCGCUCUUUCAUAACUCUUAAAAACCUAGAAGAUUUGGUUAUUUUUCCUGAUGUUACUUAUGAGGUGCUUUCAGUAUUAGAAGAAGUGAUGACAAAAUCUGCUUUUAUAUUAAAAAUCAUGUUACCAUAUUGGGAAGUUGCACUGAUCAAGUUCAGGUCACAGAGAUUUGCUGAUUGUGCCAUAUUGUUGCUGGCACAGCUAGAGACUGGACUUAGGAAUGUUUUUGCCACACUUAACAGAUGUCCAAAAAGACUCCUGACUGCUGAGUCAACAGCUCUUUAUACCACCUUUGAUGAAAUAUUAGCAAAACACUUGAAUGAUGGUAAAAUCAAUCAGCUUCCUCUUUUCCUUGGAGAGCCUGCUAUGGAAUUUCUCUGGGAUUUCCUGAACCAUCAGGAGGGUCCCCGCUUAAGAGAUCAUUUAAGCCACGGGGAGAUCAACUUACACGAAUUUUCAAAAGAAACAACUAAUCAAUUACUUGCAUUUUCUGUUGUACUAUUACUCAGAUUUGUUGAUGAAGGUCUGCUAUCAGUUUUUAAGGAAAAAGCAGCAGUAGAAUUGUUGAUUCAUCUUGCAGAAGGCUAUAGUUCUCGUUGCCAUCCGGUUUCUCAGCUUAAAAAACAGGAGGACAUGAGGGCAGUGCAAGGAAGAAAAAGAGGUAGUCCCCAGAAUAUACGCAUCAUGAUAAUCGCGCAGGUGCUGAGCUGUGAGGAAAGCAUCAGGGUUUGGGCUCUGCUUCCUUUCCCCGAAGAACUCACUCAGGAAGCUGUCAGAUUAGAAGAUAAUUCUGAAACAAAUGCCUGCCACUCUUUAAUUACAAAAAUUAUGGAUGAACUGUAUCACCAUAUGCCUGAGAAUCACUGUGUUUUAAAGGACUUGGAUAGUCUUCCUACUGAGACGUGGCCCAGCUCACAGCUGCUCUGUGAGCUCUGCAGCACACCGGUCCCCACCCUGUUCUGCCCCAGGACUGUGCUGGAAGUGCUGGUUGUGCUCCGAAGCAUCAGCAAACAGUGCCACCACGUGUCCAGCCAGGUCACUGCUGCCUCAGAGCUGAGACACACACAGUGGGUGGAAAGGACUCUGCGGUCUCGCCAGCGGCGGAACUACCUGAGCAUGCGGAGUAGUAUCAGACUUCUGUCCCCUGUGCUCAGCCUGGUUCUGUUACUCAUUGUGCUGGAAUUGGUCAACAUUCAUGCUGUUUGUGGAAAGAAUACGCAUGAGUAUCAGCAGUACCUAAAGUUUGUAAAGUCCAUCUUGCAAUACACAGAGAACCUGGUGGCUUACACCAGCUACGAAAAGAACAAAUGGAACGAAACUAUCCAUCUUACACAUACAGCUUUGUUGAAAAUUUGGACUUUUAGUGAGAAGAAACAAAUGUUAAUACAUUUAGCCAAGAAAUCCACAAGUAAAGUACUCUUAUGAAAAC